AAGCAGUACGUAGACAUCUCUCCAGUCCAGUCCCCUGGAUAGAUGUCUUUUUUUAUAUCUUGUUUGUUUACUUGAUUCCGCCGUUCUGAAACGUUCUAGCAUGCGUACGUAACUAUGUUGGCGUAUCGGCCCAAAGGUGGCACAGACGAACCGGGUCUCAGUGAUGCCUUAGCGUCGCGUUCCGUGCGACUAAGCGAGCAAACCUAUCGCAAAGUUUCCCUAUUGUACAGUAGAUGAGUCUAGAUGAGUGCGCGUGGACUUUAGGACAGUCCAGUACGUCAGGACAUUUCAUUCUGUCCUCUUGACAACACUACUUCGUAAGUGUCUUGAGUUUCGCUUUGUUUUUGGACUGUAUUUGUCAAACACGGAAGACUCUUCGUCGUGUCCGUGGACAGGUUUAACGUUAGUGGAUUUACGUCGUGUCCAAGACGACGGAAGAUUAGAAGCUGAUGCUGUUGAGGUGAUUCCUGAAGCGAUCCGAGUCCAUCUCUCUUCCUCGGCUCCGUCUCUGCAUGUGCCCGGGGCAGCACAGAUAUAGCAGUGGGCCGCUGUGCUGACGGACUUGGUGAAAUUAGGAAGUCCUGCCUUGGUUCCCUCCAUUGUGUCUAAUGGAUCUCAGGCUUGCCUCAUUGACACUCUGUACACUACUGAUUCUCGUGACCUCUGGGCCACAGCCAUCCAUUGGAGAGAAGGUUUACACCAACACAUGGGCCGUCCACAUCACAGGGGGAGAGCAGGAAGCUAACCGGAUUGCUAGCAAGCAUGGCUUUGUAAACCACGGGAAUGUAUUUGGAGAUUAUUAUCACUUCAGGCACCGCAAGGUGGUGAAGAGGUCUUUAUCAGAGCACAGAGGAACACACAUUCGUCUGCAAACAGAACACCAGGUAAUGUGGGCGGAACAGCAGGUGGUAAAACGAAGAAAGAAGAGGGAUAUUUACAAUGAGCCGACCGAUCCGAAAUUUGCACAGCAGUGGUACUUGUACAAUGAAGAUCACCGUGACCUCAACGUGAAGGAAGCCUGGAAGCAGGGCGUCACUGGACAAGGCGUCGUCGUGUCCAUAUUAGAUGAUGGAAUUGAAAAAAACCACCCAGAUUUGCUUCAAAACUAUGAUCCAGAUGCUAGCUAUGAUGUUAACGAUGGCGACCCAGACCCUCAACCUCGAUACACGCAGCUCAAUGAUAACAGACACGGGACACGUUGUGCUGGAGAAGUUGCUGCUGUCGCCAACAAUGGCAUCUGUGGUGUCGGAGUGGCCUACAAUGCCAAGAUCGGAGGUGUGCGUAUGUUGGAUGGAGAGGUCACUGAUGUGGUGGAAGCUCAGUCUCUUAGUCUCAACCCACACCACAUCGACAUCUACAGCGCCAGCUGGGGACCCGAAGAUGACGGCAAAACGGUGGACGGACCUGCAAAGUUGGCCAAAGAGGCUUUUCUACGUGGUGUAUUAGAGGGCCGCGGAGGACGGGGGUCCAUCUUCGUGUGGGCUUCGGGAAACGGCGGCCGCGAGAAGGACAGCUGCAAUUGUGACGGCUACACCAAUAGCAUCUACACGCUGUCGAUCAGCAGCAGUACGCAGAACGGCAACGUGCCCUGGUACAGCGAGGCCUGUUCGUCCACCCUCGCCACCACCUACAGCAGUGGAGGCCUCAAUGAGAAACAGAUUGUCACUACAGACCUCAGGCAGAAGUGCACAGACUCCCACACAGGCACCUCAGCCUCGGCCCCACUGGCGGCAGGAAUCAUCGCCCUCGCCCUUGAGGCCAAUAAAAACCUAACCUGGAGAGACAUGCAGCAUCUGGUUGUGAGGACGUCAAACCCUGCCCACCUCACCACCAAUGACUGGAAGAUAAAUGGUGUGGGUCGCCGAGUAAGCCAUUCUUAUGGAUAUGGUCUGCUGGAUGCUGGGGCUAUAGUGUCUCUGGCAAAGAACUGGACAAAUGUUGGACCUCAGCAGAAGUGUGUCCUUUCCCUGGUGUCUGAGCCCAUGAAUAUUGGAAGUCAUUUGGUGAUCACAAAAAUCGUGGAUGCAUGUACUGGAACGGCCAACUUUGUGAGCUCAUUAGAGCAUGCUCAAGCCCAGCUCACCCUGUCUUACAACCGCCGAGGAAAUCUGGCCAUCUACCUGAUCAGCCCACAGGGCACCCGCUCCACACUGCUUGCACCCAGACCUCACGAUUACUCCUCUGAGGGCUUCAAUGACUGGGCUUUCAUGACCACCCACUCCUGGGAUGAAGAUCCUCGUGGAGAAUGGACGCUGGAGAUCGAGAAUGUGGCUGGGACCACCGACUAUGGCACUCUGACUCAGUUCACACUGGUUCUCUAUGGCACGGCUUCUAGUUUAUCCGGCCCUUCAGCAGCUGACUCCAGCCAGACCGCUGACAGCAGCUGCAAAACCUACGACCUCAGUCAGAUCUGCACAGAGUGCAACCCCGGGUUCUACAUGUACCAGAAGGGCUGUGUGAGAGACUGUCCAGCCGGAUUCACCCCCGUCACCCAUUCCGUCUUCCUCCCCAACAAUGAGGUGUCGCCCGUCCUCCACCCCACCUGCCUGCCCUGCCACCCGGUCUGUCUCACCUGCAGCGCCCCCGGGUCUCAGGACUGCCUCUCCUGCCCACCUCACAGCCACCUGGACGCCGUCACCGGCUCCUGUCUGCAUCAGAACCAGAUCAUGCGCGAGUCUCCGGACGGCGGACUGUUUCAGAUGCAAGGUGACGGCAAAACCCCGAAAAACCACGCCGAGCUCGCCUCUCGCCUGCCUGUUACCGUGGCGGUGCUCAGCUGUGCCUUCAUCGUGGCCACGUUUGUUGGUGUGUUCGGCUUGCUGCAGAUGCACACGCGCAACCAGAACAAACUGCAAUCUGCCGAAGUGGGGCCGGGAUCCGGAUUACUGGUCGGGUUCGGAUUGAACCGCACCGCAGUUGCCUAUAAAGGCAUCCCAAACGUUUGGCGGGAGGACGAGGGCAAUACCGAAUCUGAGAACGAGGAAUUCGAGAUCCACAACGAGAGGACUGCCUUCAUCAAAACACAAAGUGCUCUUUAACUACGUUCCUCCCCUCUCUAGCCUCUACUGCACUGUUGUCUCUCUCUCUCUCUCUCUCUCUCUCUUUUUUUUUUUUUUUUAUGUGUUUUCAUUCUUUGGUUUGUCUGAACACUUUUGGGGCAUUUUGAUUUGUUUUUCGCACCUGUCUUAGUUAUAUUAUCCAUGAUUCACCUGGGCGUUGACCUCUCGGUGCCUCAACAUGGAAAGCUUCCAAACGCAAGCGAAGGGUGACGAGUCGAAACUACAAUAAACAUGACUAUUGUUUGGUCUCUUCCUCCUGCCUAGUGAGAUUUAAAGAAAAACUAAGAUUGAAAUAUUUGCAUACGAGAAAAUCAAAGCUUUUCAGUGUGUGAGUGAGUGAGUGUGUGUGUGUGAGUGAGUGAAACUACGUUUAUAUGAAGUCAAUCAAUGCUGCAGUGGGUCGGAUCCACUGGCUUUGCGCAGGGAGCCUUUUAGAAGAACAUAUCACUAGUUGUACAUGGUCAGAGAUGGAGAGCUGCAUGUUGUCUUAAACAUACUUAUAGAGCUUACUACUCCACCUAGAGCAUCUGCAUCGCUAAAUUCAUGAUUUUUCUUUUAUGUAGGCUGUUUAGUGAAACGCUUCUCCAAAAGAUAAAACCAUUAUCAUCGUUAUUUGCUAUCUUUUUUACCCUCAUGUGAUUGCAGGCCUUCAUGACUUUUUGUCAGGUCUACAUGGUGUCCAUUUCUACUAAAUAUAAUGGGGACUAGGGCUUUUCAAUCUCUAAAAUGACUGUUUUGUCAGUUGUUUAUUGAAGUAAAGUCAAAAUGUGCUCUAGUAUAUUUAUAUAAAUUUGGGUGAUUGGGGCCAUUCACAUGUGUGUACCAUAAAAGUUUUUUUUUUUUUUUUUUUUACUGAUCUCUGUGCUACAGUAUAUUCUCAAAUGUCAUUCACUUCAAAGUUGGCUCAUCAAAAUCAUGACAUCAAAACUUAAUAUGAUUUUAUAUAUCAUAUUAGAAGUAAACUUGAGCAGGAAAGGCAUUUGAAACAAUGCACAGGUGUGCUGUAGAAUAUUAUCAUACUUAAAUUCCAAAAUAAUUUCCUCAUGUAAAAUUAAUAUGAUAUCAAAAGGCUCUUUUUUUGAUGCACGAUAGCCUCUAUCCUUGUUUAUUUUGUGAAAAAUGACUUGUGUUUUAUUUCAGCAAGAUCUCAUGCAGGUUUGAAAAGACAUGAGUAAGUGAAUAUGGUAAAUAUUUCGAUUUUUGUGUGAGAUAUUGCGCUCUUUGACCGUAUGCAAGGAAGAAACUCUGAUGUCGGCCAGCCUCUCCGAGCCAAUUUAAUUCUGUCCUCCUGUCAAGGGUUUGAAACACUAGAAAAGGUCUUUGCUGAAGGCGCAUCCUGAAAGGACCUGGCUUCUGUUUUGUAAUGUUAUAGUGAUUAUAUAUUAGAGGUGUUAGAGGUUGUGUUCUGCCCAGUAUGGGUGUCUUUUUGAAAUUAAUCACAGAAAGGUCUCUAAUGACUACCAGAUAUCAGUUAAAAUUGGUUUGUUUUAUAUGCUCAACAGUCACCUCAUCAGGUCAUUUUCUUUGCUUACUACUGUUUAUUAUUAGUCAUUUGCUUGGCCUUGUCAGCUCAUCUGCAACUUUCCAGGAAUAUAGUUGUGUUUCUGUAUUUUUCUGAAUCACAUAUUCAUGAUAUGUUGAUCAUAUGCAGUAUCUUUACAAAAUGACAAUGUAAUAUAUCAAAUCUGUGCAAUAGAGACCCAACAGGGUUAUGUGAUUUUAUGCUGAUAGAGUUGGAAUCAUAUAUCAUAUCAGUGAUUUGCGAUAACUGUUGAGCAUGAACAGCCUCUCCAGACCAUUGAAGGACAGCGCUGUGGCCAGUCCACAAAUGACUUGCACCAUCCUCAGCCUUGCCUUCGUUUAGUUGAGUAGGGUAACCGAUUUUUACAUUUUUGUUUUGUUUUACAUUAUCGAUGCAUCAGAUGCACUGCUCAUCUUAUCUUAUAAUGAAAUGUGUCUUGUUUAUCUACACACUUGCGAUUUUACAAUAAUGUCAACCGCUCUGAGCUCUUUCACCCCCUGCAGUAAUGAUUUGAUGUUGUGUGUUUUGGAAAGCCUUAAAGUGUGCAAAGGCAUGACCAAAGACCACCUGAUGAAAAUCUGCUUGCCUUAGAGUAAUAGCAUAACCUGAAAAAAACUAAAACUUUCUUUUUUUUUUUUUUUUUUUUUUUUUUGAGGUUAGUCACAGUUUUGAAUUGGGUCACACAUUUAGGAAAUGCUUUGAAUAGGCUGUUGAAUGACAAAUUUAAGCAGGGUGGGUUUUGGUCAAAAUGCUGGUGUUGUGACAACAGUUCUUGCAUUAACCAUACGCAAUAUGCUUUCACCCUGAUGGUGCAAUGGUUGUGUUGUGCUUUAAGAGCGUGUGUGUGUGUGUGUGUGUGUGUGUGUGUGUGUGUGUUCAGACUCAACGAGAACUUUCUAGACUCAUAGGAUUAUUUUCACCUUUUUAUUUUGAAGAGUCAACUGAUGCAUGAAGAUCCCCAAGUAGAAAACACCAUUCAUUUAUAUGACUACCUGAGACGGGACAACGAUAUAAAAAAAAAAAAUAAGGCCUAUUUUUGUACUAUAUAUGGUGCAUUGUCAUUUACAUGUAAUUUAAAGAUUAUUUUGCUCUUUUUAUUUAAUUGAUGUCAAUAUGCGAAUUAAAGAUUAUACAAAAAAAUAAAGAUCUAUGCAAACUUCAUAA